AUGCCCAGGACAGAUUCUAAACCAAGUGUCCGACUGGGAGGUGUGGGAAGCUCGUGGAAGUCAAGUGUUAGUUUUGGUUCUAGUACUUCUAGUGACUUGUUGAGUAUUGAUGAUGCUGUUGAUAAACACCGACUUAAGAAGGAGCUCACAGCAGGUGAUAUUGAGAAGUUACAAGCCGAAGUGCAGUAUUUACGUAGAACUAAUCUGCGUGCUAAGCGUGAUAGAUUCUCAAAGCUCCCAGUUGAGGAUACGAUUAAACGAAUGAUGAAAGGAGAAGCGUAUACCUUUGAACUAUACCGCUCUCUAGAAGAUAAGAUAUCAUUAUUGGAUCAUUCGAUUAAGAUGCAUGAUGGUAACUGUAUCAUCGCUGCAAUUUUAUUCUUGAAAAGCACAGUGAAAGUCAGUUUAUUUAAUCAGGAAAUAUCUAAACGCCCGGUGGCUAUCAAUCAUUAUUUAACUUAUUUAAGAACUAAUGGUGACUAUAUAGAACUAUCUAAUGUCUUAACUAUGUUGAGAAGAUCAGAAGAAGCUGCAAUGUUACAAUAUAAAACAGCAACAGGUGCUAGUUUAGGAUCUUCAAAGGCUAGUGCACUUAAAAGUGUCUAUAGAAAUCAUUUUAAAAUGGAUCCACUGCUAUCAUCAGAAUCUAGUUUAGUAAUGGAACAUAUAGAUUUAUUAGAGAGGCAGCUGCCUAUAGAGGAAUCAGACUCCAAAGAGGAAGUUAGUGGAAGAAAUCAGUUAUUCCGAGAUUUUCCAAGAAGACGAUCCAUUUUAGACAUGCCAUUAAUAACUACUUUAUAUUAUUGCUGUUUAUAUCAUUAUAACUUAGCUGAGAAUUCCUUGGCUAGUCCCAUAGCUAUAAAGAAAAGACAUCAAUUGAGUGAUAAACAGUUUCUCUUUAGUGCCAUCGCAGCUCAAUCCAAACUUAAAAAUUGGAAAAACAUUGAAGAACUGUUAACAUCUAAGGGUUGGUUUGGCAGUACCAAGAUGAAAUCGGCUAUAGGAUUUGAUAAGGUUGUUGAAAUAUUACACAAAAACAAUGCACCUUCAGAGAUGUUAAAAAUAUACAUAGCUUUUAUUGAUGAUAUGGACUUAAGAUUAGAAACUGCACAGAAAUAUCAUUGUCAUAAAGCUGUCAUUGAUGUGUUUGUGGCACUUAGAGAUAGAGGUCAAUUAGAAUCAUAUUCUUCUAAAUUAAAACAUGGAACACAAGAACAUUUAUAUUCAUCAGAUGCUUUGAGGAAUUCAAGCAUUAAGUGGAAGCAGUGA